GAGCAGCGUCCAGGGGAGGAACAUGUCUGCAGGGGGUGAAGAGUCGGGGCCGCGCUUCACUUUUCGUUAUCUCCCCCAGAAAAGCCUCCCCUCCCUCGAGAACAGAGACACGCAGGCCCGGCUCCGCAAAUGAUUUCGGCCUUGCAAACUUCUUCCUGCCCUAGAUGAGUAGGGUUUUUUUUUUUUAAUCUCUUGGACAGAUGAAUAAAAUAUAAUGAAAAAAUAAUUAUCAACAGAUGUCAUGAAAGGGUCCAUGUAUGGCAGAAUCACCGUGCAAGUUUUCAGUUUUGACCAACUUUUUAAGGUCUAUCAAAAGGAUGAAUUUGUUAAGGCAUUUUUUAGUGAUCCAAAUGUUAGCACCAAUUUGAAAUUGCUUACAGCUUCUGGACAGUGGACUACAUUAGGUACCAAAGUGAAAAAAAUUGAAGCCAUAGUUGUUCCCUGUACCCAAGUUUCCAUGUCAUUUUUUGACCGACUAUAUUCUGAAGGACUUGUAAGAGAAACUGGCCAUAUUAUUAAGUGUUAUGAUGACUAUUAUCAUGACAUUCCUAUCUCAGAUGAGUUAAGAAAGGUUUUGCUUCUGGAAGAUUCUGACCAUUUUGAUAUAUUCAGCCAGUCAAAUCGUGAGGAGUUUCUUUUCUGUCUUUUUAAGCAUCUUUGCCUUGGAGGAACACUCUGUCAAUUUGAAGAUGUGCUUGGUCCAUAUUUAGAAACUACAAAGGCUUUAUAUAAAGAUAUUGUAAGUGUUCAAAAGGAUCCUGAAACAAAGGAAAUAAUUAUUACAUCCACUAUCUUCAAAGUUUCUGCAUUUGAUGAUGAUGGUAUGUGCUAUCCUUCAACCAAUAGCCAUGAACAGACAUUUGCCUACUUGAUUGUGGAUCCCCUGAAACGACAUAUUCAUGCCAGCACUGAUGCAGGGUCAGCAGGAGCCUUGACUCCUCAGCAUGUCCGAGCUCAUUCCUCUCCAGCUUCGCUGCAGGUAGGAGCUGUUUCUCCAGGCACGCUUACCCCCUCUGGAGUUGUGACUGGUCCUGGAGCUGCACCUUCUUCUCAACAUCUUCGCCAGUCUUCAUUUGAGAUUCCCGAUGAUGUCCCGCUGCCCCCAGGUUGGGAGAUGGCUAAGACGCCAUCUGGCCAGAGAUAUUUUCUGAAUCACAUUGAUCAAACAACAACAUGGCAGGACCCUAGGAAGGCGAUACUUUCCCAAAUGAAUGUUACAGCCCCCACCAGUCCUCCAGUGCAACAGAGCAUAAUGAAUUCAGCAUCAGGCCCACUCCCUGAUGGAUGGGAACAAGCCAUGACCCAGGAUGGAGAAAUUUACUACAUAAACCAUAAGAACAAGACCACAUCUUGGCUAGACCCAAGGCUUGACCCACGCUUUGCUAUGAAUCAGCGAAUCAGCCAAAGUGCUCCAGUGAAACAGCCACCCCCACUGGCUCCUCAGAGUCCUCAAGGUGGAGUGAUGGGUGGGGGCAGCUCCAAUCAGCAGCAACAGAUGAGACUGCAGCAGCUGCAGAUGGAGAAAGAGAGGCUGCGACUGAAGCAUCAAGAACUGCUUCGGCAGGUGAGGCCACAGGCAUUGCGGAAUAUCAAUCCCAGCACAGCAAAUUCUCCAAAACGUCAGGAGUUAGCUCUCCGAAGCCAACUUCCAAGUAUGGAACAAGAUGGUGGCUCUCAAAAUCCAGUGUCAUCUCCUGGAAUGUCUCAGGAACUAAGAACAAUGACUACAAAUAGUUCUGAUCCAUUUCUUAACAGUGGGACAUAUCACUCCAGAGAUGAGAGCACAGACAGCGGCCUCAGCAUGAGCAGUUACAGUGUACCCAGAACCCCUGAUGACUUCCUGAACAGCGUUGAUGAAAUGGAUACAGGUGAUAUCAGCCAAAGUAACAUACCUUCCCAUCAGAACCGUUUCCCAGAUUACCUUGAAGCCAUUCCAGGGACAAAUGUGGACCUUGGGACACUGGAAGGAGAUGGGAUGAAUAUAGAAGGAGAGGAACUGAUGCCAAGUCUGCAGGAGGCUUUGAGUUCUGACAUCCUUAAUGACAUGGAAUCUGUGUUGGCAGCCACCAAACUAGAUAAAGAGAGUUUUCUUACUUGGUUAUAGAGGCCUCAGGGAGACUGCAUUGUAAAUCUGUGAAGGAUCUAAUGAGAUAAGACAUCUGUGCCUGAAGUCCAAAACAAGCCCAUGAGGCAUACUUCUGGUUUGUGGUCUGAAAAAGUAAAUGAACAAAUAUUCAACAAGAUUCUUUCAUCCAACGUUUUGGCUCUUCCUUGUCCAUCGCUGCUGUUAUAGAUUGCUGACCUCUCUUACAGUUAACUUUGAAGACCAGACAUCUUUGUGAUCUUCUCUAUUGCUGUUUCAACUACUGUUCAGUUGGGGGAGAGAGCGAAUGAUGAGCCUGUUUGGAUGAUGAAUUCCAUUCCUUUUGUAUUAAUAUGAGCUUGCAUAUCUUUUUAUCUAAGAACUCGGAUUUGAGUUAACAUGUGUAUGUCACCACUUGUAAUAUGCUCAGCUAGUUGUUUCCUCUGAUACCUAUAGCAAGAGGUAAAACACACCAUACUGGUUUGAAACCCUCCCCCAUAAAUGUGUCUGGUCAAAAGAAGUCAAUACUGAUUUGCAGAUAUAGCUCAAAAGAGGACUGAAGACUGUUUGACAUUAAGUGUUUUUAACUCUUUUUGUUAGGAAAUAGUGUGUUCAUAUUUUAUGGUAUAGUAAAUCAUGAGUCAUUUUAUAUAGAAACUUAUAUCAACUUUGAUUUUUUUACCACAUACUCUAGGCUACUUUCUGUCAGUCAAAAACUAGAGGGGGGUUUUGUUUUGUUUUUGUUUUGUUAGUGAAUUUAAUUAUAGUUGUAGGUUGGGAAGUAAUUGUAGGUGUUUUUUUUUUAAUAGUGAAAUCUAAAUAUUCUGAUUUCACCUAGUCUUAUUUAAGUCUCAAUUGUUUUUUUAUAUAUCAAAAAUGUCUAUUUUAGCUAAAUAGCUAGUGAGUACAUAUGGUUUUAUGUUUUUCCCAUAACUUUUAUUUUUAAGGCUAGCUUUGAAUGUAAUCAUUACAAUAAAUGUUCAGUGGCUUAUUUUUCAUGUCUGCUUGCAAGAAUUUGAACUACAAUCUAGUUGUAGCACUCUGAGAAUGAAGUGUCAUAGCUGAGCUUGAGAAAGAAGUGUCAUAUCUGAGCUUUUAUAGUGCCUUUAAAAGUAGCGGAAACCAUACACUACAUGUUUUAAUUGACUGUUACAGGUAAUUUCUUGGAGUUAGGUUUUAGUUUUGAUUAAAUCAGUGAGUUUAGAUUUUGAAGUCUAUGCAGGGGGGCAACUUAAUGAAGAAUCUUCCAUUAAUUUGCAUGGAAAAAUCAUCUAAAUUGUCAUCUCACUUUCUACUGUAAUGAAACUGCUAAAACAAAAACUUCAAAGCUUUCUAAGACUUUCCUAAACAAAAUAAGUAUUUGGUUUGGUGUAGUGCAAAAUAAGCCCUGGACACUAUGGGUAGAGGACUGUAAAGAUAUGUGUUAGAUAGAGACAUGAGCAGGUAAUGACGUGUAUAUUAGAAGUAGAGUUUAGUGCAGGGGUAGAGGUGAAUAUGAUUUACUUAUAUUUUAACAGGAAAAAGAUAUAACACUAAAUCAUCUGCAGGAAUUGAUAGUUUCCAAAGAGUAUUUUUAAAUGAACAAAAUGAGCAUGAAUCAAACUUUCAGUAUAAGCUAUGAAGUAAUUUUUUGAUAAAAAUAGUGCACCAGUUAGAACCUCUGUAAUUAAGGGUUUGAGAGUUUGUCAGCAUUCACAUAAACCUUUGGGGGAAAAAAGGACUUAUAACUUGACCUUGAAAAGACUUUGUUUGAAACUUGGUAUGAAAAGUAUCAGCCUGGAAGGAUUUUUUUUUAAAUAAAUUGUUUUAAAGGGCUUAGUAAUUUUUUAAAAUAUAGGAAUAAAUUAUAAAACCCAUAAAAGAAUGGACUGAGUUGUCUUUCAGUGGCUGUUUUACAAUAAUAGGUAGACUGUUAAUCUAGAAGCAUUCCUUGGUUCUGAAGUUUUAAAAUUUGCUUUGCAAUUAAAGCAACAGAAAUUUAUAUGUAAAAAAUUGCUACUAACUAUGCACCUUUAUUGUUUCUCAUAAGGAUUUUAAUACUCUGAACUUACAAAAGUAUAUAUGUGGAUUGUUUCAGAGUAUGAUUUUAAAAAUGCUGAUUACCACUGAGGAAUUUUAACAGCAAUUAUAUUCUACUACACUAGUUACAUUCUGCUCCACAGAUUAGUAGGCCACUUAACAUGUUCAAUGACAAAAGCCCUUGAAGCAGUAAAUUAUGUCAAUCAUAAGGAUUAUAGGAGCAUUUCACACUCCAGUUAAGAGUUCUCUUUCCAUCCACCACGUUAAUAAAGAUAUUUCAAAAGACACUACAUUGUUUGAAUGAUCUGACAUAAAACUACAUAAGCAAGGCAAUUCAGCUUUGGAUCAGUUUUUGCCCUUGUUUUUGUGUUUCUCAUAGCUUUAAUGUUUUCUUGUCAUUGUAAAAAAAAACUCUAAAUAGCGUAUACUGUUUGGGUAGCACUGUUGGGGUAGGUACUGACGAACUGGGAAUUCUUGAAUUGCUCUGAGUGUAACCCUGUUCUAUGAUACUUUAAUCAACUUUAAGAAGUUUUCAUUUUCUUCCAUUUGUUAGGGAAUGUACCUAAGAUGCUGUACUGUUGACAAUUGAAACUGAUUUGGAUUUUAUUCUGCAAAAGCGGAAGUGAAGACGUGGUUAAAAUUUGUUUGAAAUACAAGUGUGUUUUUGGCUAGUAUUUUAUACUGAUGAUGUAUAUAUUUAAACAGCAAAAAUCAUUGUCCUAAUGUGUUAGCUUCUAGAUUUUAGUACACUGUGCUCAUAAUUCAGAGGAGGCAUAUUAACUCUACUGUGCUAUAGCAGUACCUUGGCCCACAAAUGCUUUGGAAUAGGCUACAGUGUCAGUAAACAACAUGGAUAAAAAAUUGUACCAAUCAGUGUUGAAACUGAGGUAAUGCAAUAGAAGAAGAGACAAUUUCAAUAUGAAAAACACUUUACAUAGCUUUUGCACAUCUGGUGAAUUAGUACUAAAGUGACUUUUCACUUGCAAGCAUGGUUUUUAUACAAAUAGCCAGUGUGCCUGUCUAAAUAAUUACUUGUUUUUCUGUAUCUUGAAAAAGUAUUCUCCACAUUUUAAAUGUUUUAUAUUAGAGAACUCUUGAAUUCACUCUUGUCAAAAAUAUAUAUAUAUAGUUAUCAAUGUUACUUUUUAGAUGUAAGAGCAUGCCUGUAUGUUAGGUACCUAAGUAAAUUCUGUUACAUUAUUUUUCUUUAUGUACUACUUUUUCAGUUGUUUUAUGUGAUAUAAAUAUAUGCUUUGUGUUUAA